AGAAUUUCUAGCAAUGAAAAAUGAAAGAAAAAGUGCAGCACAAUAAGACAGUCGCAGACUAUCCAGAGUUUCGACCACAGAAUUCUCUGAUCGAUUCGAUGAACAAAGGGUGUGGUUCACAUAAGUGGCGCUCGUUUUUAUAAGGAGAGAACACAUGCCUACCGCACAAACGCAUAUUCGGGACCAAGUUGGUGAUUCCUAAACUCUGCUUAUCGUUGAAGUUCUGGCUCCUGCUUGUUGACACACCUCUUCUUAUUGUCUUGAAAUACGGGUUCUCCAACUUCCUGGCAGAAGCCAAACGAGUUGAGGACGCUUGUUUUCCUGAGUUUCUGGCUUGCUCUGCUGAGCUCUCCAUUUGUAGUCCACUGAGAGGGGUCUUUUCUAGUGUGGGAGCUUCUUAAACUUUUGCUUUUUAUGCAAUCAGAGUAAAGUCCUUUGAAAGGAGCAAGAGUAGGAUCUUGGGAUCAAGAAACUACCAGAAUGCCUGUGGCUUCACUCUGGGUUGCUUCACCCACUGAGAUUUCCAGCAUCCUCAGGUCAUCGGAGGGCAGAAGGCAGGAGAACUCUAAGUCCCUUCAUGGGUCUUGGAGUUCAAAUUUUAUUGGAGGGUUCAACCAAAGGAAGUCCGCAUUGAAGUUCUUCUUCGAGUCCCUUUCUCUUAAGACUGGAAACCAUGGAAGCUUCCGAGUUUUAUCGAGUUUGGUUGUGAACCCGGCAGAGAAAAUGGCACUUUCUUCAGAGAAGAGAAUAGCUGAUGUGGUCCUUAGGCAGGCUUCCUUAGUGAAAGAGAAGGUGAGGCCCGAAAGAGUGACGGAAUCCAGGCAAGAACGGAUUGUUGAUGGAAAUUUGGAUCUGUUGGAUGAAGCCUAUGAGCGUUGUGGGGAAAUCUGUGCAGAGUACGCCAAGACGUUUUACCUGGGAACGUUGUUGAUGACUCCAGAGAGAAGAAGGGCUAUCUGGGCAAUCUAUGUGUGGUGCAGGAGAACAGAUGAGCUUGUAGAUGGGCCAAAUGCUGCACAUGUAACACCAACAGCCUUAGAUAGAUGGGGAGGAAGGCUCAAUGAUCUCUUUGAAGGACGUCCCUAUGAUAUGCUCGAUGCGGCUUUGGCUGAUACAGUUUCCAAAUUUCCUGUUGACGUCCAGCCGUUCAAGGACAUGAUUGAAGGAAUGAGGAUGGACCUAAGAAAGUCAAGAUACAUGAAUUUUGAUGAACUCUAUCUGUACUGCUACUAUGUUGCUGGAACUGUAGGUCUGAUGAGUGUCCCUGUGAUGGGCAUCGAUACUGACUCACAGAUGCCAACAGAGAAAGUAUAUAGUGCUGCAUUAGCACUUGGGAUUGCAAAUCAGCUCACAAAUAUACUUAGAGAUGUUGGAGAAGAUGCAAGACGUGGAAGAAUUUAUCUCCCUCAGGAUGAACUAGCACAAGCAGGACUGUCAGAUGAAGAUAUAUUUGAAGGAAAAGUAACAGAUAAAUGGAGGAUCUUCAUGAAACAACAGAUCCAAAGAGCUAGGAAGUUCUUUGCUGAAGCUGAGCAAGGAGUUUCAGAGCUUAGCCCUGCUAGCAGAUGGCCGGUAUGGGCUUCUUUGCUUUUAUACAGGCAGAUACUUGACUCGAUUGAAGCUAACGACUAUGACAACUUCACAAAGAGAGCAUAUGUGAAGAAGUCAAGGAAGUUAUUAUCUUUGCCCCUUGCUUAUGUUAGGGCCAUGGGCGGCCCUUCAAAGCAUUUAAGUCUAGGAAAAGUGUACAUGUAAAGUUACUGUAUUUGCCAUCUCUGUAAGCUAAGAAAGCAACGAAUCAAUUUUUGACUGGGUAUGUACAAAAUUCUUAUUAAGAAAUUCUUGGCUUUCUAAAAGAAAUGACUUGUUGGUCUUUGG